UGACCCACGUAGCCUCGUGGUCGAAUAAUUCAACGCGGUAUUUAGAUUCUAUGCUGUAUUUAGAUUACAUACGUAAAAUAUCCCAGUCCUCCACUUACACCUAUAUAUAUAUAUGCAUAUCUUCAUUCGUCUCCAACGCCAUUCCCUGCACUUUUCAGGUCAUCUUUCUGCUCACCAUAUAUCCCAAAUCCCAAAGAAAAAGCCCAGUCCUACCUCAUCUCCUAGCUCCAAUUAAGUAAAAAAUGGCAGAUGAACAUUCACUUCCUUUUACACCCAGCAAAAUAUACCAGAGAAGCGACGAAGAGAUUGCCACGUUCAAAGCACUUAGAAAAGAACGAAGUGGCAAGUGUUUCGUUUAUGUCUUUGCUGGUAUAGUCAUCCUGUGCCUCUUCACAUUGGUAUUUGCCUUAAUCGUGUUACGUUUUAGAUUUCCCGACGUGAACUUGAGUUCGGUCGCAGUGAAAAAUCUUAGGUUGUCUAACGUCGGCACUGCAUCAUCGUCUAAUUCUUCGUUUAGUGCCACUUUGGUCGCCGAGGUGACUAUCAAGAACACGAAUUUCGGCCGGUUUAAUUUCGAGAACAGCACGAUGAGUAUGCUGUAUGGAGGCAUGGAUGUUGGCGAUAUUGGAAUAGGCCGUUGGAGUGUUAAAGCCAGAGAGACCCGGAAGAUGAAUGUUGCAGUGGAAGUAAGAUCCAACAGGCUGUCAGAUACCAAGAACCUUAGCAGUGAUAUGAUGUUAGGGAAGUUGAAACUGAACAGCUAUGCCAGGUUGAGUGGUAGAGUGACUUUACUGAAUAUUAUUAAGAAGAGGAAGAUCACAGAAAUGAACUGCACCAUGACUCUUGACUUGACAAGAGGUGCAUUCGAGGAUCUUCAAUGCUAGGAAUGUUAAGGUUUUGUGGGUUUUUUGUACCUAUUUUCUGCAUGAUGUUUGUAUUGAAAUCGAGUUGUUCAUAGCUAGGAGUCCUCUCCUGAUUAAUUGAGCUUCAUGUUGAAGUCAUUAUUUGUUGGAAAACAGUACUACUCCCACCUAUAAAACCCACCGAUUGAUAUAUAUAUAUAUUUUUAAACUUAAUGGUUAAGGAAUUGAUUUUUAACAAA